AUGGACAAAACUCUGCACUUUGUUUUAGGAAUUUUUGGAAAUGCUUUUGCUCUGUUUCUUUAUAUGUCUCCAGUGGUUACCUUCAAAAGGAUCUUGAAGAACAAAUCAACAGAGCAGUUUUCUGGCAUUCCCUUUGUCCUCACCUUGCUCAAUUGCUUGAUUGGUUCAUGGUAUGGUUUGCCAUUUGUGUCGCCUAACAAUCUGCUUGUUUCGACGAUUAAUGGAACCGGGGCUGCCAUUGAAAUCGUUUACGUGAUGAUCUUUCUGGUAUAUGCACCGAAAAGGGAGAAGUGCAAAAUCUUGGGGCUGCUAUCUAUUGUACUCGCUGUUUUCGCAACCAUUGCUUUAGUCUCGGUCUUUGCACUCCAUGGCAAUAACAGGAAGCUUUUCUGUGGUGUGGCAGCCACUAUCUUCUCCAUCAUCAUGUAUGGUUCACCUUUGACAAUCAUAUUUGGAACGAUUGUCGAUCUUUUCCGCGAUGAGGCUAAAAGUGACGAGUUUUCGUAG